UAUAACCAAACGGACUCUUUCUUCGACAAUAGAACUCACGCGCGUCUUCUUCCUCAAAACUUCAAAAGAAAGGAUUCGAUCGUUCAAGCGAGCCUUCACUACGCCACGCUCCGCGCCACCGCAGGGCGAGCUCACCGCCCACCACACUGCCCAUUCCAACGUCGCCGCUUCACCGUACGACCCCACCGCACGGCGUUAUUCACGUUCAGACGUCCCGCUUUCGAUCCUCCGCGUGCAGUCCACCACUUCGCACCCCUACCACCGUUCGGUGCCGCAGACACCUCCGCGCUGAGAAGUUGUGAACUGAAGAUGGUGAAGUUGACGAUGAUUGCUCGCGUCACUGAUGGUCUUCCACUAGCAGAGGGGCUUGAUGAUGGCCGUGAUUCAAACGAUGCUGAAUUCUACAAACAGCAAGUCAAGGCAUUGUUUAAAAACCUUUCAAGAGGCCAGAACGAGGCUUCAAGGAUGUCAGUUGAAACUGGCCCUUAUAUUUUCCAUUACAUAAUUGAAGGACGUGUUUGCUACUUGACAAUGUGUGACCGUGCUUAUCCUAAAAAACUUGCCUUUCAAUACCUUGAAGACCUCAAGAAUGAAUUUGAGCGCGUUAAUGGGUCUCAAAUUGAAACUGCUGCCAGACCUUAUGCCUUCAUUAAAUUUGACACAUUCAUACAGAAAACGAAGAAACUGUAUCAGGACACUCGUACUCAGCGGAAUAUUUCAAAGUUGAAUGAUGAACUCUAUGAAGUCCACCAAAUAAUGACUCGCAAUGUUCAGGAAGUUCUUGGUGUUGGUGAAAAGUUGGAUCAGGUCAGUGAAAUGUCAAGUCGAUUAACAUCAGAAUCUCGUAUAUAUGCUGAUAAGGCAAGAGACUUAAACCGACAGGCAUUAAUACGGAAGUGGGCCCCUGUUGCCAUUGUGUUUGGAGUUGUCUUCCUCCUCUUCUGGGUCAAAACAAAGAUCUGGUGAUCACACUGAUCAUUCUGAAAACUGUUGCGAAUUUUCUCCGUGCUUCUUGUGGCAUUAUAGUCUAGGCCCCAGAUCUGUUGUCAUCCACAUAUGUACUUGAAUUGUGGCAAGGAAAGUAGUCUGGUAGGUACCUCGCGGGGGUAGAUCUGCGUUUAGAAUCGUAAAGAGUGAACUGGGUACCUUUAAGACCAGAUAAUGAGCCAAAAUAUAUUGUUCGGAAAUAUGAGAGAGGUUAUUAUUACUUGCUAUUUUUUUAAUAUGCUUCUCUUGACUAUUACUCUAUUACAUUGUAAUACCCCACAAAUGAUUAUUUUAACCUUUCUAAUUCUAGCUGAAUAAUAUGAUGGAAGAAAUUCUUAUGAUAUUCUACAAUAUAAA